AUGGAUCAAAGGAAGAACAACCCUCAAAACCUUAAGCAGUUUCAAACUAAUGCAAGACAAAAAAGAAAAGCUGUUGUAGAUAACAAGAAACAGUCCACAAAGAAAGCAAAACCUGUCAUCAGUUCUUCUAAGAUAUCACAAUCAAUUUCAAAUGAAACAUUAACUCCACUUGCUAAUAUUACCAACACCAGAGAGACUAAUGUUAAUCUUAGCAAACCAACUGAUAAGCAUACACAAGGAAAUACAUCUACAACUACUCCCCAAAAUUCUAUGUUGAAUGUUCCAAAUGAAACAAGUCCAACACAAAUUUUUUUUCCUUCAGCAUCAGCCAAUUUUAUAAGGAACUGGAAUGCUACUCUUAGGAAAAUUGCUUCAAAUGAACCAAAUCCUGCUUUUGGUCAAAUGCGGCGAAAUGGUUUUGCUGAAAAUCAUAUGCCAAUCUCUCAACAAGAUACACAACCAAUUCAGCAAAGAUCCAACUCUAUCCACAGAGAAAGUUCAUCAGGAAUUCAAAUCAAUCAAACUGAUAAAGCACAUACACGCACUUCAAAUGCUACCCAACCUUCUGAUUUGAACAACAUUAUUGAACCCCCUGCAAAAAAAACUCAUUAUCAAACUAGAGGAGUUAAUCUCUACAACAAGUUCACUGAUACACUCAAUCAAAAUUACACAACUUUAGGGAAUACUGAAUUUGGAACCAAAACUAAUUCUCAAUAUUCCUCACUUUUUGAUAAUCAUGUCAUUGAAUCUUCUUCUGAUGAGUCUGGAUCAGAAGACAGGGCUAGCAGUGAUGAGUAUUCAGAAUCUGAUGAUGAACAACAUUUAGAGGAAGAUGAUCAACAAGGGUAUUUUGAUAUAGGUGAUCCUAUUUGGGAAUGCCAACAAUGUGGUGCAUUAAUGUGGUAUCAAGAAAGGAAAAACAAAUGUACACAUUCCCUUACACCUCAAUUCCAACAAUGUUGCCAUGGAGGUAAAGCUCAACUGCCAUUGUUGGACCAGCCACCAGAACUUCUUCAACAUCUUUUGUUUAGUUACCACAAUGCAGACAGCAAAAAUUACCAAACACACACAAGGAUAUAUAAUUCAAUGUUUGCUUUUACAUCUCCUGGAAUGAAAUUGGAUGACAAAAAGAGAAUUGGUAGAGGUCCACCAACAUUAAGAAUUCAAGGACAGGUUUGUCAUCGAAUUGGGAGCAUGUUGCCAGUCCAUGGUCAACCUCCUAAAUUUGCACAGCUAUAUAUUUAUGAUACUGAAAAUGAAAUUCAAAACAGAAUGAACAAUUUCAGAAUGGCUAGACAUACAUUGCAGAAUAAUUUUUUCCAAGACCUGAUGUUCAAAUUAAUUUAUGAGAGGACUACAGAUGGUAGGAUUUAUAAUAAACCAACUGUUUCCGAAGUAGCUGCUCUCAUAGUUGGAGAUAUUGACUCUGCCGCAGAAAGAGAUAUAAUCAUGCAUAAAAGAAGUGGUAGUUUGCAAAGAAUAAAUGAGUUUCAUCCAGCUUAUCUUGCUUACCAAUAUCCACUACUUUUUCCUUAUGGUGAGGAUGGCUUCAGGUCAGGUAUUCAAUUUAGAUAUAGACACCAAAUUGACAUUACCAAAAGGAAUCGUCUUACUAUCAAAGAUUGGCUUUGUUUUAGAAUUCAAACACGGAAAAAAGAAGCACAAACUUUGUUAUGUUCAAGAAGACUUUUCCAACAAUUCUUGGUGGAUGGAUAUACGAUGAUGGAAACUGAACGGUUGAAUUGGUUGAGAAAAAAUCAGUCAAAACUCAGAGUUGGAAAGUACCACAAAUUGAAAGAAGGACCUGCAAAUGCUAUUAAUAGUUCAAACCAGAAAAGAGGAACAAGAGUUUUAUACUUUGAUGGUAUGGCCAUUUCAUCUGCAGUUGGAUUUCCAGAUAUUUUUAUAACUUUCACAUGUAAUCCUACCUGGCCAGAAAUCACAAGAGAGUUGGCAAAAAACAAUUUGAAACCUCAAGAUCGGCCAGAUAUUGUUUCAAAGGUUUUUAAAAUCAAAUUUGAUGAGCUUAUGAAGGAUUUAACAAAAAGACACAUUCUGGGCAAAGUCUUAGCAUAUAUGUAUACAAUUGAAUUUCAAAAAAGAGGACUGCCACAUGCUCAUAUAUUGAUUUUUUUACAUCCAUCAAGCAAAUAUCCUUCACCUGAUGAUAUUGACACUAUUAUUUCUACUGAGAUACCAAACCCUGAUACUGACAUUGAACUUUACAACCUGGUCAAAAAACAUAUGAUCCAUGGUCCAUGUGGACAAUCCAGAAAACAAUCACCAUGCACUGUCAAUGGAAGAUGUACUAAAUUCUUUCCAAAAAAAUACAUUGAAAAAACCAUAGUUGAUCAAGAUGGAUAUCCUGUUUACAGGAGAAGUUCAAAUAGUCAUACAGUGGAAAAAAAUGGUAUUACUUUGGACAAUGGAUAUGUUGUUCCAUAUAAUAAAAGGUUGUUGCUCAAAUAUCAAGCUCAUAUAAAUAUGGAAUGGUGUAACCAAUCUUCAUCAAUAAAGUAUUUGUUCAAGUACAUACACAAAGGUUAUGAUCGAAUCACAGCUACAGUUGUACGAUCACAAAACAAUGUUACUAACGAGGAGACACAAAUUGAUGAAAUCAAACAGUAUGUUGAUUGCAGAUAUAUAUCACCAUGUGAGGCAUGUUGGAGAAUUUUCUCAUUCAAAAUUCAUGGUAGAAAGCCAGCUGUAGAGAGAAUGUUUUUCCAUUUGGUCGGAGAGAAUACUAUUUAUUUCACUGAUUAUGACCGUAUGGAAAACAUUUUGGAAAAACCAAGUGUCACGGAAUCUAUGUUCACAUCAUGGUUACAAGCAAAUCAAGACUAUCCAGCUGCAAGAAAACUGACAUAUGGUCAGUUUGUCACAAAGUUUACAUACAACAGAAAAAAGAAAUCUUGGACACCAAGGAAAAAAGGUUUCAAAAUUGGGAGAUUGAUUUGGGUUCCUCCAACCACAGGAGAAUUGUUUUACUUGCGAAUGAUGUUGACGGUUGUCAAAGGACCAAUGUCUUACGAAGAUAUUCGAAAAGUUGGUGAUAUACAAUAUAAUACCUUUAGAGAUGCUUGCUUUGCCAAAGGAUUUCUUGGUGAUGACAAAGAAUACAUCAGUGCAAUCAGAGAAGCUCAUGGAUGGGGACCAGGUUAUUUUUUAAGAAAAUUGUUUGUCAUUCUACUUGUGUGUAGUUGUAUGAAUAGACCAUAUUUUGUAUUCAAGAAAACAAUACAGUGGCUUUCAGAUGGCAUCCUAUAUCAACAAAGGAUCAUUGCACAUAAUCAAGACUUGCAACUGACUGAUGAUGAGAUAGAAAAUUUAUGUCUCUUGGAGAUUGAGAAGUAUUUGCAAGGCAACAGGAGAUCAUUAAGGGAAUUUGGUUCAAUGCCCUAUCCUAGAGGUUAUGUGCUACAACAAUUGGGGAAUAAACUUAUAUAUGAUGAGAGAAAUUAUGAUGUUCCAUCACUUAAAGAAGAAUUCGCUGAAUUAUCCGCUUCACUAACAGAUGAGCAAAGGAGUCAUUUUAAAACAAUUAUGACUGCUGUGAACAACCAAGAUGGAGGAGUUUUCUUUUUACAUGGUUAUGGUGGAACCGGGAAAACAUACAUUUGGAGAACACUUGCAAGUGCAUUGAGAUCAAAACAAGAGAUUGUACUUACUGUCGCAACAAGUGGAAUCGCAUCACUACUACUCCCUGGAGGAAAAACUGCUCAUUCCAAAUUUAAAAUUCCUAUUCCAACUUUAGACAAUUCAACUUGCAAAAUAGACCAUGAUAGUGACCUUGCUGAAUUGCUAAGACAAACAAAGUUAAUCAUUUGGGAUGAAGCUCCAAUGGCUCACAGGUAUUGUUUUGAAUCUUUAGACCAUUGUCUACAGGAUCUUAUGACAAAAAAUGGAGAGGAGAACAAGAUUUUUGGUGGUAAAGUUGUUGUAUUUGGGGGUGAUUUUAGACAAAUACUUCCAGUUAUUCCAAGAGGAAGCAGAUCUGAUAUUGUCCAUGCUUCAAUCAAUGCAUCUUAUAUUUGGGAUCAUGUCAAGGUUCUGACUCUAACCAAGAACAUGAGACUGCGACAAGGCCCGAAUAAUGAGGAAAAUGAUGAAAUUGAAUCUUUUUCAAAUUGGCUCUUAGCUGUUGGAGAAGGUAGAAUUUCUGAGCCUAAUGAUGGAAUUGCACAAAUUGAAAUUCCAGAUGAUCUCUUGAUUACAAACUUUGAUGAUCCCAUCAAAGGAAUUGUUGAUAGCACUUAUCCAAAUUUCCUGCAGAAUUACAAGGAUUAUGAAUAUUUACUCAAUAGAGCAAUCUUAGCAUCUACAAUUGAAGUAGUUGAUUCAAUCAAUGAUUACAUGCUCAACAUUAUGCCAGGUGAAGACAAGGAAUACUUGAGUGCAAAUGAUAUCGACAGAUCAGAAAUUCAUGAUCAGCGUAUUACACAACUGUUUACUCAUGAGUUUCUGAGCUCUCUUCGGACUUCUGGUCUUCCAAGUCACAGUAUUAAGCUCAAGGUUGGAUCACCAAUAAUGUUAAUGAGGAAUAUUGAUCAGACUCAAGGUUUAUGCAAUGGUACAAGAAUGAUUGUGACCAGAUUAGCUGACCAUGUCAUCGAGGCAAAAAUCAUUGGUGGCAAGCAUCAUGGAAAUAAGGUAUACAUUCCAAGAUUGGAUAUGUCUCCAUCACAAUCUCCAUGGCCUUUCAAAUUAACCAGAAGGCAAUUUCCAUUGAUGGUAUCAUAUGCCAUGACCAUUAACAAGUCACAAGGACAGUCUUUGGAUAAUGUCGGUGUUUAUUUGCCGAGAGAUGUUUUUUCACAUGGUCAAAUAUAUGUAGCUGUUUCAAGAGUUAAAAGCAAAAAAGGUAUUAAGAUUUUGAUUCAUGAUGAAAAGAAACAUCCUAAAGAAACUACAAAUAAUGUUGUCUUCAAGGAAGUGUUCAAUAAUAUUUGA